ACUAAUAGAGAUAAAGCAGAGAAAAAAAAUGAAUAGAGCUUUGCCGGGGAGUUAGAGGGUCAGCCAUAUUGCGGCGCCACACACUGCUGAGGGUGGGGAAACGGGGACGCUGCGCUGACGCUCGUAAAUCACGGUACGGUGGAUAAGAGGGGCUGAGAAGAAGAAAAAGAAAAAUAAGAAGACAGCAAGGGUGAACUAAGCGGACUAAGACGAGGAGUUGGAGAGAUUUCAUUAUUGGACGAGGGAAAGAACAAAUCAAGCAAGAUGCCCAAACCAGUGAAUGUGCGAGUCACCACUAUGGAUGCAGAGCUGGAAUUCGCCAUCCAGCCCAACACCACAGGGAAACAGCUCUUUGAUCAGGUGGUUAAAACCAUUGGGUUACGUGAAGUAUGGUACUUUGGGCUUCAGUAUAUGGACAGCAAAGGCUAUAUGACCUGGCUGAAACUUGAUAAAAAGGUGGCUUCCCAGGACGUGAAGAAAGAGAAUCCUUUGCAGUUUAAAUUCCGUGCCAAAUUCUUCCCUGAAGAUGUGUCAGAGGAGUUGAUCCAAGAGAUCACGCAGAAGCUUUUCUUCCUUCAGGUGAAGGAGAGCAUACUCACCGACGAAAUCUAUUGUCCGCCGGAAACGGCUGUUCUUUUGGGAUCCUAUGCGGUCCAAGCCAAGUUUGGGGACUACUCCAAAGAAAACCACAAAUCGGGAUACCUGACAUCAGACAAUCUUCUUCCCCAGAGAGUGCUUGAGCAACAUAAGCUGUCUCGAGAGCAGUGGGAGGACCGCAUUCAAGUUUGGCAUGAGGAACAUCGGGGAAUGUUCAGAGAAGACGCUAUGUUGGAAUACCUGAAGAUUGCCCAGGAUCUGGAAAUGUAUGGAGUGAACUACUUUGAAAUUAAAAAUAAAAAGGGGACAGACCUCUUUUUGGGUGUCGAUGCUCUGGGAUUGAAUAUUUAUGAAAAAGAAGACAGGCUGACCCCAAAGAUUGGAUUCCCAUGGAGUGAAAUCCGAAAUAUUUCCUUCAAUGACAAGAAGUUCAUUAUAAAGCCUAUUGAUAAGAAAUCACCAGACUUUAUCUUCUAUGCCCCACGCCUAAGAAUCAACAAACGCAUUCUUCAGCUGUGCAUGGGAAACCAUGAGCUGUACAUGCGUCGCAGGAAGCCUGACAAUAUUGAGGUUCAGCAGAUGAAGGCUCAGGCCAGAGAAGAGAAGCACCAGCGACAAAUGGAGAGAGCUCAGCUGGAAAAUGAGAAGAAGAAAAGGGAGAACAUCGAAAAAGAGAAGGAGCAGAUGGAGCGAGAAAAGCAGGAGCUCAUGAUAAGGCUGCAGCAGUUUGAGGAAAAGACCAAGAGGGCAGAAAGAGAGCUUGAAGAUCAGAUGCAGAAAGCCAUUCAGCUAGAAGAAGAAAGGAGAAGGGCUGAAAUGGAAGCGUCGCGCCUGGAAGCGGAGCGCUUGGCUGCAGUUCGUUCCAAAGAGGAGCUGGCCAGACAGGCGGAGGACCAGAUGAAGAGCCAAGAACAGCUGGCUGCAGAGCUGGCAGAAUACACGGCAAGAAUUUCACUCCUAGAGGACGCUAAGAGGCGCAAGGAAGACGAAGCAAACGAGUGGCAACAAAGAGCCAGAGAAGCGCAGGAUGACUUGGUGAAGACUAAAGAGGAGCUGCACUUGGUGAUGAUGGCCCCACCUCUGCCCCCACCCCCAAUAUAUGACAACAUUGAUGACAACGAUCAAGACGAAGCUGAAGAAAACCACAGCAGCUACAGCGCCGAACUGAUGAAUGAGGGCAUCGACGAUCACCGCAAUGAAGAGCAGCGCAUCACGGAGGCUGAGAAAAACGAGCGGGUCCAGCAGCAGCUUCUGGCGUUAAGCUCGGAGUUGUCCCAGGCCAGAGAUGAAACAAAGAAGACCCACAAUGACCUGAUCCAUACGGAGAACGUGCGGGCGGGCCGCGACAAGUACAAGACGCUGAGGCAAAUUCGACAAGGCAACACCAAGCAGAGGAUCGACGAGUUUGAAGCUCUGUAAAUUCACUUUUGCAAUGCCGAGUGGUGUGGCUGUGCCCCAUUAAAGCAGAUCUCCAAAUUUUUGUUUUCCCUUUUUUCCCCCAAACCCCGCAAGUGGUCACAGUUGGACCCCCUAGAAUUCUCCUAUCCACCAUGGGAUACACUAGCAAACAGUAUGCACUUGUUGAGAGCAAAUUCUAAUUAAUGAUAAGGCACAGUAGUCUAUUCAAACUCUGAUAAUUCAGUGCCAAAUCUGUCAGGAUUUUGUACGUAAUAAUAAUUUGGCCAGUGGUAUUGUGGACUUUGGUCUUCUAGCUUACACUACAAGCUUUUCAUUUGCACAAAGCGAAAGGCUGAGCAGAAGAUGUGUACGUAUUGUGGGAAUCGGGACUGAGCCACCACUUAGCUAAAGUACCUUUUGAUUACAUUGCAGAUGGAGGCCAAACUCCGUGCGAUGGAUGCGGUCAGGUUAACCAUUUGUUUAAAAAAAAAAAAAAAACCAACCUAACUACGCAAUCAGAUCUUUCAAUGUCUGUCUGCUUGGAAGACGCAAAAAAAAGACGAGGGAGCAGAUAAUACUUUCAGCUAUUUGAAAUAUGGAACAAAGCGAGUGAGCUUUGCCACCAGAAUACUCUUCCUGUAAAGGUGUGACAUUCUCUUAUAAUAAGUAAUCCGACCUAGCCUAGUAUUUAUAGAGGAUGGGGGCUGUUCCUGAAAAUUGAAGGGUGCGUAAACUUGCUUUGUAUAUUUUUGCAAUAGGCAGCAGCAUAAUAAUAAUUAAAAAGAAAUGUAUAAGCUCCUGUGACUCUUAACCAAAAAAAAAUCUAUUAUUGUAUUAAGCGCAGACUUUUUUUUUUUUUUUAAUAUUACAUAGUUGUAACCGAUUUAAUUUGUAUUCAGCCUGCAUGCAGUUCUUUGUAUAAAGAUAAAUAUUAGUCCAUUUCUAGUGAAGAAAUAUAACGUACUUUUGGCAUUUAUGGUAUUAACAUUUUGAAAGCAGAGACUCCAAAAUUGAAGGGUUUUGUGUUAUCUCUAUUCCUAUAUUACUUGUUUUAUACACCUCUUUGAAAAGCCCUUGAAGAAAAUGAUCAUACGAAAUGCACUAUUUGUCAUGUAUAUUAUCUUUCCAAAAUGUUAAGUCGCAUUAUUAUUAUUAUUAUUAUUUUUUAAUGGAACGCUCUAUUUUCUUCCAUUUGAAUUGAACACCUCUCCCACUUUUUUUUUUUUACUAUAAU